AUAUUUAAUAAAGAAAGUCAAAUAAGUACAACUGAAUAGUUGUAACAAUGAAUCUUAGCUGUUUUUGUGUGAUAUUUGUUUUGCUGGCGGGUGUGAAAAGUUUGUUUUUAAAUAAAUCACCGUCGUCAGAAACAGGAUUGAGUGCAGUGCGAAAAGCGUCACGUUGGAACUUGCCAUGGAUGGGUAUCGGGUUAUGGUGUAAUGGAUGUCCUGCGACUGGCUGCGAAGACGAUGAGGCGAUCAUACAUGGCUACUGCUGCGGCUGCGCUUAUCCCCUAGAUAGUCUUCCGGUGUUAUGUCCUCAAUUCCUGCAAUGUCCCUUGAAUCUUCACGGUUUGUGUCACGACUACGAAUACAUGAUGAGGUGUUGCUGCUAAAAUACUGUGAUCCUUGGCUGAACUGAGAUUAUUAU